ACGGAAAGGAGCGUUGGAGUUUGCCGCUGGUGUGAUAGAAUAGAAUACAGCAAGCGUGAGGAGGCGAGGCCAUGGGCAACGCCGGGAGCGCGCCGGAGCAGGCCAAGAACUCCGCGGAUGGGGCUUCCGAUGCGGAGGCCCGCCGCGCGCCGCCGUCCACGGUCCGUUUCUUCCCCGAUGCGGAGCGCCAAAAGGCCCGGCAGCCGCCGCCGAUAAAGCUCGAGGAGGAGGAAGGCGCCCCGCCGCCGCCCGCAACCGAAGAGGAGAUGGCCCCGCGCAACCUCUGGCAGGUGUAUGCACUUGGGGCGUUCAUUGUGUUGAGAUGGGCCUGGGCCAAGUGGAAGGAGAACCAGGACAGAAAGGACUCACCAGAUGAUGAUGGAGGUGCACCGGACGGGUCGACUUAAUCAUGGUUUGCUGCAUGGGCCUGGCUCUGCUCUGGUAGCUAGCAGCGAAGAUGAAUGCUAUUUCGCUUUGCGGAUAAUGAUGGAUCACUCUACCCAUCAUAUAGUGGUCACCAAUGUUGCUAUGCAAUGGAGGACCAUGUAUUUGCUGCCAUUUUUGCAAGUGGCGUUCUGUGUUUACUCUAGUAAACUCCCUUUUUUUAAUCUCAGAUUUAUUACUGUUACCAUCUGUGAUUGCCUGCUUGUUUUCAACUUGCAAUCUCGUACUGCUUGUUUACUGUUAAACCGUGCCAACGAUGGAUUGCUCGUGAGGUGGAUAUUUUAACAACAA